AAACUUGAAACUAUCGCCGAAAAGAGCUCAGAGGACGAUUUAAAAGAAUUUAAUGAAAGCAGUGUUGCACCAAUGGAGAUUCCCAAGACAAAGGAAAACAAACACAAGCUUCGAACUAAAGAAAUACAACCCCAUUUAGGUACUGUUCUGGCUUCCGCAACUGUGUUAAUAUUGAUCAUCAAGUUCUGUGUAGUUGAAUUUGGUCAAAAGGGAGAGACGUGGGAAUCUGGAAGGCACUUGAAACAGCUUAUACACUUCUUCAUCAUUGGAGUAACUAUUCUAGUUGUUGCGGUGCCUGAGGGUCUUCCACUAGCAGUAACACUCUCGUUAGCCUACUCCGUCAAGAAAAUGAUGAAGGAUAAUAAUCUGGUUCGACAUUUGGAUGCAUGCGAAACUAUGGGUAACGCAACAGCAAUCUGCUCCGAUAAGACGGGAACUCUAACAACGAAUCGCAUGACAGUCGUCGAAGCUCACUUCACCGAUCGAGUCAUUGAACUUCAAGAGCUGGAAACUUUGAAGAAAUCCAAUUCUGCGAGGCUUCUUAGUGACAACGUUAUGCAGAAACUGGAGCUUGCUAUUGCUAUCAACUCAUCCUAUACUUCCAGACUGCAGUCCCCCAAAACUGCUGGUGAUAUGCCAAUUCAAAUUGGUAACAAGACCGAAUGCGCUCUAUUAGGUUUUCUUAAACAUUUCGGUCUAAACUACGAUGAUAUUCGCAAUCGCUAUCCCGAAAGUGACUUUGUAAAGGUCUACACCUUCUCCUCCACCCGAAAAUCCAUGUCCACAAUCAUUCAUGCACCUGAAGACGAUCCUCAUGAUGUGAGCUCAGCCACUGCUAAGAGUACUACAAUGAAACUUCUACUGCUGACCAAAGGCGCAGCUGAGAUGGUUAUUUCGAAGUGA